GUGCUGCGUUGCAGCAUUCAGAGUAAUUUUCUCACAUUGGGUUCAACGCCUCAUAGAGCGAGCAAGUCAUUUCAUUGGACGAGAGACUAAAAGUGUGGAGUGUUUGUAGCGCUGUUUACAUGUUAAAAGAAUGUAUGAAUGUGUGUGCGUAAUAGCUUAGCUUUCUCCAUGCGGCGCCAUCUUGGGGAUAACGUGGUCAAAACAACAACAAAAAAAGAAACCUGGGAAGGAGGUCAAGCAGCUCAGAGAAAAGAUGUUGCCUGGGUAGCUGCCCUCUCUGCCUCCUCCCUUGAUGUUAUUCCACAGCCGUGCACACCUCUACAGGAAAUAAUUCACAAUGAGUUGGUUCAAGCCCAAAGGGAAGACCAAACGAUUGGAGAGAUCGUAAGGCUAAAAGAAGUUAGUGAUAAACUUUCAGAUGAUAUGAGGAGGUCAGUCAAGGGAACCGCGUGUAAGCUUCUCCACGAGUGGUCUACACCUUGAAGAUGGAAUCCUAUAUCGGCGGACAACAGAGAGAAAACAGCUUGUCCUAUCUCUGAAAUAUCAGUAUUUUGUCUUGAAGCACCUUCAUGAUAACAUGGGACAUGUAGGCACAGAGAGAGUAAUUCAACUAGCCAGAGAAAGGUUUUACUGGCCUCAUAUGAAAAGAUUCAUAGAGGAUUAUGUGACAAAUAAAUGCUGUUGCAUUAAACAGAAGAAACCAACGGUCCAUGUGCGUGCACCAAUGAGCAGCAUGAAGUCUAACUCACCCCUUGAACUGGUCUGCAUUGACUAUUUGCACCUUGAGAAAAGUAAAGGAGGCUAUGAAUAUAUCUUGGUGGUAGUCGACCACUUCACAAGGUUCGCACAGGCCUAUGCAACCAAAAAUAAAUCCGGACGGACAGCAGCAGAGCGGAUUUAUAAUGACUUUAUACCCCGUUUUGGGUUCCCCAACAAACUGCACCAUGAUCAAGGAAGAUAAUUCGAGAAUUAUCUCUUUCGAACACUCGGGCAGCUCGCUGGAGUAGGCCACUCUCGAACAUCUCCUUACCACCCGCAAGGAAAUCCAGCUGAGCGGUUCAACCGAACUCUGUUACAGAUGCUGCGAACGCUGACAGACAAAGAAAAAGAGACAUGGAAAGAACAUCUUCCACAGGUUAUACAUGCAUAUAACUGCACACGUCACGAAUCAACCAGUUAUUCGCCUCACUUUCUGCUCUAUGGUCGUCAACCUCAUCUCCCUGUGGAUCACCUGUUCGGCCUGUCAGAGGAGAUAGAUCCAGUGACACACAAAGGAUAUGCUGAUAAAUGGCGCGAAAGGAUGACAGAAGCAUAUCGGAUUGCUACUGAUAACAGUCUGGCGUCUAGUGCAAAGGGCAAGUCCUAUUAUGAUCAGAAGGCGAGGGGAGUGGUUCUGAAGCAAGGGGAUAGAGUGUUAGUCAGGAACCUAAGUGAGCACGGAGGGCCUGGUAAAUUGCGUUCCUAUUGGGAGAAGAGGAUAUAUGUGGUAAAGGAACAGGUUUCAGAUAACCCAGUAUAUGUCGUUCAUCCAGAAAGUGAUGCAAAAGGGAAAACCAGAACCCUGCACAGAAACCUGCUUCUGCUUGUCAAUGACUUGCCAGUGGAAUUUCCACCACAGUUAGUCAAACCAACUCCAAAGCCAUCACAGAAUCAAGGAAGACAUCCAAGGAGACAAAGGGAUGUGAGAGACCAAAAUGCUGAGACAUCUGAUUCAGAGGAUGAGUCAACAGGAGGUUACUGGCUGAGGAUACCAGCAAAUCGGGUUAAGCCUAACAUAACAGUUACUCCAAAAAGACCAAGUAUGUUAAGAAGAGAACAGACAUCAGUGUGGGAACCACAUUCUUCUGAGGAGAUGUUUGGAAAGACUACCAGGAACUCUGGUGUAGAGAGACAGCUAGAGUUCCAAACUUUACCUGACUUGGACAUUGCGCAACGGGAAGCUGGAGAACAGGCUAGAGGUCUUUGUGAAGAAGAGUACUCGUCAGACAGGGGUGAACUUCAACUUGAGGAUGAACCGGAAGUCUCUCAUCAAACUGACUCAGAGGAGGACAAUGAGCAGACAACUCCUAAUGUACCUCAGAACGAAGAUGAACAAGAGUUGCCUCAACGUGCAUGUCCCGAGGAAUGGGUACAAGACCCUGAACCUUACUCACCUGUCCCACUGAGACGGUCUACUCGGGAGAGACGACCGGGUCAAAUCCUCACCUACUCAUCUCUUGGCCACCCAACAUACCAGUCAGGUCCAACAGUAAAUGCUAUGGACACAUACCUCUUGCCCUACACUCACCUUUGGUAUUCACAAACAUGCCCACCAUCAUUCCACUACGCACCCCUCAUUCCAUAUCCCCAUUCCCCAUUUACAUGUCCCAUACAAGGGUAUUGAAAGGUCACACACAGUGUUAGUCCUAAGGGUCAUACAUUUUGAGGGUGAUAGUUUGGAUAUUGUAAAUAUUGUGUUUUUUGAAGAUGUUAAAGUUAUCUUGAAUAGGAACAUGUAAUUUCAAGUGUCGGGAACCACUUUUGUUGUCGGGGAGCGUGUGGCACCCCUGGGAUGUGUGACCACAUUAAUAUAAUAAUUAUUAUUGUUUGGAGUUGGAAUAUGCCUUUGUUUUGUACAUCUGUCCAUUUCGUUGGCGAGGUUGAG